AUGUCCGACGAGGCGUUCGCGAUUGACAAGAGCAGUGUUCUACCACCGCCUCCACGAUAUCCCUCAGGCGCCUAUGGCAUCGGCCUCGGGGGCGUCGUGCCCCUGAUCGAGACCAACAACACGCUGUCGAACCCGAGCGGUCCUGAAUACCAGUUUCUGGUCGGAGAGGGAACAUACGUACUCAAGGAAGACCUGCAUCUGGCAACGCCGCCGCCUCAUCCGUCCGAAGCGCCCGUGGUCAAUCCCAAUCCGCUGGCGACGAACCCACAGCCUGCGACCGCGGGAACGAAAAUGUCGAUCCUGAGCUUGGAAACGCGACCAGCUCCUUUCUUCUACAAGGGCCCCUCUGCUACGACGCUGUCAUUGGGCGGGACCACGAGCAUUCAGGAGCACCCCAGCGAGAGAUAUUCGACCGAGGGGGGUAUGAGUAGUGAGGAUGGCCGCGCGGCAUCAAGCGAAGUGCCGACCGGCUCCGUGACCAUGGGGUCUGCGCCAGCAUUUGGAGAAGGCAAUUCGCUGCUGGCGCCCACCGUGUCCAAGGACAUCAACAAGAAAAAGAAGCCCAAGAAUAAUGUCACCAAGAGCAACUCUUCCUUCAUCUCGCGCGUCAUUGUUAACGAUAAUCUCACGCGAAAGCUGACGGAUCGCCCGUCUGAUGGCCUCUUUGCCUUUGCCAACAUCAACCGAGCAUUUCAGUGGCUGGACAUGUCGUCACCAACCAAGCAAGAUUACUUGACCAAGAUCCUCUUCACCAGGGCUCACUGCUUAUGCCACGAUGUCAACAUGGUGACAAAGAGCGUUUCGCAUAUCGACGUGAUUAUGGGUUUCUCCACGGGCGAGAUCAUCUGGUGGGAGCCCAUCUCCCAACGAUAUACACGUCUCAACAAGAAUGGAAUAAUCAACAACACGCCCGUAUCCGAAAUCCGAUGGAUUCCCGGCUCCGAAAACCUGUUCUUGGCGGCCCAUAUGGAUGGCCUGCUGGUGGUGUAUGAUAAAGAGAAGGAAGAUGGUCACCUGAAUCCCGAGGAAGAGGGACUAAACGCCAGUGGCAGCGGCAGCGAGGGCGAGCUCUCAAACGGAUCCGCGAAUGGCAACGGCAUCAGAAUCAACAAGUCGGUGCACUCCAAAAACCAAAAGACCAACCCGGUGGCUGCGUGGAAAUUGUCAAACCAGAGGAUAAAUGCGUUUGCGUUUUCACCCGAUAAUCGACAUCUCGCAGUGGUAUCAGAGGACGGAACGCUGAGAGUCAUUGAUUAUCUCAAAGAAGAGCUCUUGGAUCUAUACUACUCGUAUUACGGAGGGCUGUCAUGCGUCUGCUGGACGCCAGACGGCAAGUACGUCCUCACUGGCGGCCAAGAUGACUUGAUAUCUAUCUGGUCAAUGGCCGACUCGGCCCUGGUUGCCCGGUGCCAAGGCCACCGAUCUUGGGUGUCUUGCCUCGCAUUUGAUCCAUGGCGAUGCGACGACCGAAACUACCGCUUUGGCAGUGUUGGAGAAGAUGGACGACUUUGUCUCUGGGAUUUUAGCGUGGGCAUGCUUCAUCGGCCAAAGACCGCCGUGCCGGCUCGCCAUCGGGGAUCCGUAUCAUCGAGAAUUACGGCUCCGCACAGAACAGACACCAACACCUCUGUUAAUUCCGGGGGCAAGGGUAGUUCUGGCGUGGAAGACGAGUGGGAGGAGAAUGUGAUUGCUCACCCCGUUCAGCCUCGUGCAGUGAUACCAAUGCUGCCGCCUGUCCUUACGCACGUGGUUGAUACCCACCCCGCGUGCUGGUUAGCGUUCACCGAGGAUGCCGUUAUCACGAGCUGCAAGUCAGGUAAGGCGUGA